AUGGAAAGGAAACCGUACCGAAAACCCACACAUUGUUCUGCCCGAUUACGAAUUGCUCAAAAGUGUUCUGAUUGGAAUUUCAGUGACUGGAAGAAUGUUAUCUUCUCUGAUGAAUCUCAUUCUGAAGUUUUUUAUCGAAAAAAUCGAUCUUUCGUACGUCGUCUUGCAUCCGAAUCUGAUAGACCAUUUGAUUUCCAACCUCGUGUUCAAGGUGGUUGUGGAUCAAUUAGCGUUUGGGGACUUAUGACAACCAAGAGAGUUGGUCCAUUGGUUUUUUAUGAUAGUCAUAUGAAUGGUCAAAAUUAUAUUAAUUUUAUUGAACCCGUAUUAUUACCAUAUGUUUAA